CGUUGACAGUCCGUCGCGGUUGCGAUUGCGGUUCAAGACAGCGCCCUAAUUUUUUAUUCUUUUUAAAAAAAAACAGCCUUCACAGCUCGGGCUUCGCUCCCGCCUUCUAUUAGGUUGACGGCGCUGCUUUCCACCGUCCGUCGUCCACUCCUUCUUGUUCUGCUGUUCCCGCUGUCUCGAUAUUAAUCCAUAACCAUUUCCACUGCUUGUAUAUUGUAGCGAUAACGGCGACGACCACGACGGUUACCGAAUCAUUCCUCCCUCACACCCGACCAAGCCCAAGAUGGCGACGCCAAGCACCAGCUCACGAGCCGGCCCAGACCCCGUACCAAAUAACCUCACACGUUCCAACACAGACAACUUCAAGCGAUGCUGCAUCUGUUACGAGGAUGAAGGCGAACACACUACCGAACCGGUCAUCCAUCCUUGUACAUGCAGUUUGCCCGUCCACGAGACAUGCCUUAUACGAUGGUACGAAGAGAUCCAAAAGCGGAACAGCCGUGACGACGUGACUUGUCCGCAGUGCAAGGCUCCCUUCAAGGUCGAGGAGCCCUUUGACUUUGUCGUGGCUCUGCGCGAUACGAUACAUUCGCAGUUCAGCAAGGUGUCGCCCAUUAUCCUCGCGUCCAUGGCCGUGAGCGGUACCUUUGCCAGCUCUGCUACAUACGGUGUUGUCGCUGCCUCCUGGUUUGCUGGCUACGAGACUGCACUCGGGUGGGUCGGCCUUCAGAUUACUCCCGGUCAAGCUGUUGCCGUACCCGUGGCAAGAAGUGCGCGAGUAGGGAGAAUAAUGAUGAGGCUGUGGUCGCUAUCAUCCAUUGCUCCGGCCGUCGUCCUUAGUCGAGCUUUGCCGUUCCUGGCUAAUUUCUUUUUUGUUCCAUUCUCCGCCAUGUACGGCUUGGCACUCAUAACCCAGGACGAUCACCCAACAUGGCCGCCCUCACCCACGUGGGCAAUGGUUAUGAUGCCUUAUCUACAUAUGAGUUAUAUCAGAUUCUACAAUUACUGGCUAAGCCCGAUCGACGAUCGCCUCAACCGGGCUCUACGGGGUCUCGAAAGCAGCCUUCAGCCCAUCGAUAGUGCCGCCGGCGAAUCCGAGGCCGGAAACAACAACAACAAUGGAAAUCAAGACCGUGGAAGCCGCUUCAGCAUGUCCGAUCUCCUAGACCUGGGCCGCACCGCUUGGAUUGCCCUCAUCAACCCCCCAGACCAGAACGAAGCAAAUCUAGAUGAUCCUUGGGAACUAGGCGCUCAUGCCGUCAACGAUAACGAUGGCUCCGACUUCGAAGUAGGCGCUAAUGCCGUCAACAACAAUGCCGUCAACAAUAAUGCCGUCAACGGUAACCAUGGCUUCGACUUCGAUGAUUUCCUAUUCUCCGACCUUCACCGUCCGGGGCCUCACAAUGAGGAGAUUCCCACUGCCAUCGACGGUGCAUCAGGUGGGCUUUGGGAUGUGCCUCCACAGUAUCAAGGCGUACCAAUUGGUAUGGUUUGGGAAGGGGGUCUACAACCACAACCACGACCAGCUCCACCCGAACCAGCACCAGCCCAAGCGGCACCAGCCCACGCAGCACCAGCCCACGCAGCACCAGCCCAAGCAGCACCAGCCCAAGCAGCACCAGCCCAAGCAGCACCAGCCCAAGCAGCACCAGCCCAAGUAGCACCAGCCCAAGCAGCACCAGCCCAAGCAGCAGAAGCCGAGGCUCGCAUCCCGGCCCCAGCAGUGCCAGCGCCCGCGCCAGCGCCCGCGCCAGCAGCAGCAGCUCCACCCCCACAGCCCGCAGCACGGGAAAGGAACGACGACGACCAAGACGGCGUGGAACUCCCCCUGGUUUCCUUCACCGAUCUCACCAACAACGUAGUCACCUCUCUUCUCUUCCCCUUCAUCUCGUACGGCAUGGGCGAGCUUCUCCGCCUCUCACUACCGAGGUCGUGGACUUCCCCACCCAAGGCCAUUGUCACGUCGGGGUUCUUUAGGAGUGGAAAAAUCAUGCAAGGAGGGCCCGGCGGUCUGCUGCAACAGAGAUGGGGACGCAGUCUGGCUGGUGGCUGUCUGUUCGUGGUGAUCAGGGACGUGUUUGAGCUGUAUGCCAAGUACAGGAAUGUGCAAGCGAAGAAGGCGCGGAGAAUUGUGAGAAAAAGGGGGGGAGAAGGAGGAGGAGGACAAAGGUCUAAUCGGAGGGCUGCUGGCGCUGGCGCUGGCACUGGUAAUCAGUAGGACUUUGCCAGUCUCAUCUCGCGUUCAAGGCGGGGGUGGUUUUGGUCAGUACUUGAACAGACGUGAAUUUUUGGAAGAAUAAUGGUGUUGGGUGAGACGUGUUAUUGAUCCAGCGAGAAAUUGGGACAGGUUGGGCGAUUGGCACUAUGCAGCGAAUUGGGCCGUGGUCUGGGUGUGCAUUUACAUGGGUUUUGGCGUUACAACUGCUUGUUGGUGUCCUUUCUGGCCUUUGUAUAUAUAUGUUCCUCUGGUUUUCUUUUUUUAUCCCCUCAUGGUGAAAUUGGUGAGAGGGGUUCACAUAGCGUUUUUCCGUGUAUAUAUUCUAGGACUGUUUGACGAUAACCAUGAUAGCUAUCAUGGCUGUAAAGACACAAGUUGAGCGAUCAAUUACCAGGGAAAUUGACUGGAUGAAGAAC